AUGAAGGAGUACAAGACGGUCACCCAGAGCCGAUCGCGGCGCAGCAAUGCGGGUAACCGCAUGCGCGAGCUGCUGGACAAGGCCAAGCAGGAGGACCAGGAGAAGGACGAGCUGUUCGCCGAGGAAGCCGACGAUGGCGAGUUCCAGGAGCCCGCACCAACGCGUGACGUCUUCCUGGACGAGUUUGCAGAUACGGACGAUGAGGCAGAGGAUGAGGACGAAGACGACGAUGCGCGCUUGCGCCGCGAGGAACGCAGGGCAAACAAGGGCAAGGCCGUGUUCAACCCGUUCGUCAAGAUCCGGGGUCCCGGUCCCUCCGGCCCACAGGCCACGGCCGCCGAACUUGCCUCGCUCGACCCCAGCAUCGACGUGUCCAAGAUGGCUCCGUCGACGCUCAUGCUCGAGCUACGCAAGCAGCGUCGCGAGGCUAAGCGCCUGCACCGCUCUGAUGCGCGACGGUCCAACCUCCGCGCGUCCACUCUGCGGACGGAGGGAGAGGUUAUCGAGAGGGAGAAGGCUGAGAAGAUCGCACUUGCUGCGAGCAAGAAGGGUCGCAAGGCGCAGCAUGAAACUGGCGAGGUGCGAGGCGCGCGACCGAUGAGCCAGGCCGAGCUGAUUGCCGCUGCGCUGGAAGAGGAAGAGCGUAACAAGGAGGCACUUACACAGUGGUUGCGGCGCGAGGAAGAAAGGCGCGAGUUGCGACGCGUAGGACGGAAGCGCGUACGUGGGCCGCGAUGGACGUUUGUCAGCCGCACUGUGGGCAAGCUCGUUGAGGUCGUCGAGGACACGCCUGGUGUCACGCCGGGCGAGACGCCAGCUGAGACACCAACCGAGACUCCAGCAGCAGACGAGACGCCAGGACCGAGUGAGCCUGUCGAGAAGGAUGUCUCGAAAGAGCCUGGAGGUGACAAGAUGGACGUCGAUGUGGUGGACAAGCCAAGCGAGGCGGCAUCGCAGAGCGCCUCGGCUCCUGUCGUCGCGCCUCCAGCUGAUGGAGCGGCGUCCAUCCCGGCGGCUUCGACACCUGAGCCAGGACCAUCUGUCCCGGUCGCGACGACCUUAGAAUCUGGUCCAUCAAGUGCUCCGGGCCCAGCAUCGACCGCAGGUCCAUCACAGCCCGCAUCUUCCGGCCCCUCCACACAGCCCGCUGGCCCUUCACAGCCACAGGGCGUAUCCAAACCUGAACAAUCUGCAUCUACUACAGAACCCGUCGCUCCCCCUCCAAAGACAGCACCUUCCACAACCACACCGUCGCCCGACGCAGACCCAGAAGUCCCCACCGGCCCCUACGAGCGCAACUACCUCAUCCUCUCGCAAGUACCCGGCGGAUUGCCUGCCGAGCUACGCCUAAUCUUGGGGGACCACGUUGACUGGUCCGACGUCAAGGUCAUUCCAGCGCGCAAUAGGCCUAUCAACCGCAAACCGCCGACCGAUCCCCUCACCGGGCUGCCGGCGCGAUACCGUCAUCCCGAGAGCAUGGUGCCAUACGCUAGCGCCGAAAGUUAUCAGGUCCUCCAGGCUUUGUUGGAGAAUCGAUACGUUUGGACUGAGGGCGGGUGGUGGGGUGGUGGAGAAGGGGAUGUGGCGGCGGAAGGGGUCGAGGAGAUUCCGGGGUGGAAGGAGGCUUGUGUUCGGGGGUGGGUUGCGGGGAAGCGGGUGGGAGAGGAGGGUGAGAUGAUAGAGGUGGAUGGUGAAGAGGUUGAGGAGGUGGAGAUGGAAGGCGAGGAGGGUGAGGAGGUCGGGGAGGAGGGCGAGGCCGAGGCCGAGGCCGAGGGCGAGGAGGAGAUGGAAGAGGAGGUCGAAGCUGUCGUCGGCAAAGGCAAGAGCAAAGCUCGUCGUUCGGCACCCAAGUCUAGAAGCAGGAAGAAGGCUGCGCCCAAGAAGUCCGCAAGCAAGGCUAAGGCCAGCGCACCAGGAACCGCCAAGAAGGCCAAGAGCAAGCGCAGGCGCUAA